GUCACUCUACUCGGUUCCCGAUGUAUUUGUUGCCUUUGAAAAACGUAAAUAAAUGAUUGAAAUCAAAGCCAAAUUGGUACGAGCGGACUCGGCCAUCUACGCCACCGGCGAGCGAGUCGAGUGCCUGAUUGAGUUCACCCACAGAGUGUUCACGGAUGAGCACAGCGCAUCCCAAAGCGGAAAUGCCAACGAAGCAAGCCCGGAAAACCUCGCCUGGGCUUCGGCGCAGUUGCAUUGCUACCGGAAGACCAGCUACUCACACACAUCCACUGGAGACAGGACGGCCGAACUCACGGAAAUGGUAGGGCGGACAGCCUUGGAUGCGGUGACCCAGGCGCCCGGCGAGGUGAUUGUGGCCACCAAACCCAAGAUCCUCUUCUGCGACCUGCGCCUGCAGCGUGGAGAGACCAAGAUGUAUUUCUUUAACGAAUUCGUGCCCCGCGAUGGUCCACCAACAUAUAGAGGUCAUAACAUCCGGUACUUCUACAAGAUCACCAUUGCCACGCAACGGGUCAAAUCGAAGGUUCAAACACUGACCGUUCCUAUCCGUGUGCUGCCUAUUCCGAUAAUUUCCCGGCCCGAUGAACUGCCCGUAACUGUAGAGACCAACGAGGAGCUGGCACCCACUAAUCCCUUCCUGGAGAAGCGCGAGAUAAGCGAACUGGAGAUAUCCUGGCAUCAUCUAAAGAACGUAACAGCUCGCCGGGCGCCCAAGUUCUAUCGCAUUUCAAAUAAGCGUGGAUUCGUCGGUCGCUUCUGCUUAUUCAAGCCAGCCUACAAACUGGGCGAGGACAUCGUGGGCAGCCUGGACUUUGGCCAGUGCCAGGUGCGCUGCGUCCAGUUCUCGGUGAAGCUGCAGCAGCAGGAGCUUUCCAUCCGGCCACAGCCCGUCCAGAACCAGCAGCUCCAAUCCCAAUCCUCUACGGGGGAUGAUGUCUCCUCGAUGAACUCUUUUGACAUGGCCAGCAUAGCUAGCGGAGUGGUUGCCGAUAACCUGCACAAAUCGGCCACUUCUGGAAGCUCACGGGACAAGGACGCUCCCGAACCAAGCGGGAAACUGUCUACCAUUUCCACCUCCCAUCAGGUGUGCUAUGCCACGCUGCAGACCCAGGUGGUGGUGCCGAUUCCGUUGCAUGUAACGCCCACCUUUCGAACGGAUCUCGUCGACGUCCGGUGGCGAUUGCACUUCGAAUUUGUAACCACCACGUUGAUGGAUUUUGGCAUUCCGAAUCCAGAGUUCGGCGAGUUGAAAGCACCUGCAGAGUUGCCUGUAGAAACGAUGGUGUGGAACCUGCCGGUGACCAUCUACGCGGCGAAUCCUCUCCAGAUAUACUCCCCCAACCAGACCUUUAACAUGCUCAUCAAGUGAUUUGACAACUUGGUUGCAAUGUACAAUAGGCUAAACAAAUUUUAGGUAAUCGCAAAUACGGUGUUCUUGCAGUUAACUGGUGUUUUGUUAAAAAGUUAAGUUUUUUAAAGAGAUAUAUAAUAUAAAAACAUUCACCAGAAGAUCAUUUUAUACCUAUGUAAUGAUGCUAAAAAAAUGUGAUUAUCUAAUAAAAGUAAUAACUUUCCAUUACACCAA